AUGCCUCUCACUGGCCACUGCCUUUGCAAGGCCGUCACGUACACCGUUGACCAGGAGGAGCCCCUCGUCACCGCCUACGACCACUGCGAUGAUUGCCAGCGUCAGACUGGUUCUACCUACUCUCUGGUCGCCGUUGUGUUGAAGGACAAGCUGUCCAUCUCCGGCCCCGUCAAGAGCUACGCGGGUCAGGGUAGCUCCGGUAUGGCCGUGCACCGCAUCUUCUGCUCUGAGUGUGGCUCGCCUAUCGCACACGACCCCGAGGCGGCCCCUCCGAUCAUUGCUCUGAAGGCCGGCACUCUGGACAGCGAGAUCAAGAAGAACCUGAAGCCAGACACUGAGAUCUGGACUGUCGGCAAGCUUCCCUUCUGCCAGGAGUCGCUCGCUCACCCCUUCGAGCACAUGCCCCCGUCCUAG